CUGGGGCCCAAUACAUGGUUAAUAGUGUGCACGUAUCUGAUUUGGAGAAGUAAAAAAAUGUAGUAGGAUGCAAGUGUGCAUGUAGUAGAACACACCCCUUCCUCUUUCAUUCAGUCACUGGUCGUCAGUGUCACUUGAGUCAUGUGAUCUUGAGAGACAAACUUUGACAAUCCUGGUUUAAUCUCUCGCCGCCCACAACAAUUCGUUAACCAAGCAAAUUGAAUUUUUUUCCUCUUUUAUUUUCUCUUGCUUUCUUUCUUUUUUUUAAAAUCCUUGUGGGUUUACCACGUCUAAGAAAAACUAAGCGUAGGUAAAAAAAAAAAGAAAAGAAAAAGAAAAGAAACAAGUACAAUAGCAGUGAAAACAAAACCAAGUUCUCUCAUUAGUGUUAAAGAUAACAGAAAGAAAAAGGAAAAAAGUGUUUUCGGCGAAGCAGGGCGACAGAGGUUUCACUUGCAGGUAUUCCAAGUCUGACAGGAAGUUACAUGUGACGUCACAACACACUCUGCCAAAAUGGCUUCAUGGUUGGGUUCGUGUUUUCUCACUGAAAAUGCUAAAGUACAGAGAAGUCGAAGUCGGAAAAUCGAUCGUAUGUUGGCUCGGGACAAGAAAAAUUCCCGCUUGAUCGUUAAAUUGUUAUUACUAGGCGCCGGAGAAAGCGGGAAAAGUACUUUUCUCAAACAGAUGCGUAUAAUUCACGGUAGUGACUUCAACGAAGAUUCUCUCCGGGAGUACAAACCGGUUAUUUAUAUGAACAUAGUAAAAGGUAUGAAAGUCCUGAUCGAUGCACGAAACAAAUUAAAGGUUCCGUGGGAAGAUCCUCAAAAGGAAGAAUAUGCCAAUCGGAUAUUUUCGAUCGAAUCUGCCCAAGAUAUGGAUGAAAGUGACUUCCUCCCUUAUGUUGAUUGUAUCGAACAGUUGUGGCAGGAUAAAGCAAUUAAGCUAACAUUCGAUAGAAGGAGAGAAUUUCAGCUGAUAAUUAAUAAAAGAACUGAAGUGCCGGGUGAUUCACUCAAAUAUUUUUUGGAGAAUAUUCUCAGAAUAGGACAAAAGAGUUACAUUCCAUCAAAACUUGACAUUCUGUUGGCAAGAAAGGCUACCAAAGGCAUUGUUGAGCAUCCAAUAAAGAUUUGCGGUGUUCCGUUCCUGUUUGUCGAUGUUGGUGGUCAAAGGUCACAGCGGCCCAAAUGGUACAAGUGUUUUGACGACGUCACCUCCAUUCUGUUCCUUGUAUCCAGCAGCGAAUUUGACCAAGUUCUUCAAGAGGACCGGAUGACCAACAGGCUGGUCGAGUCCUGUGAUAUUUUUGAAACAUUAGUGAAUUAUCCAUUGUUUACUGGGAUGGCAUUUAUUCUCUUUUUGAAUAAAACUGAUCUGCUGGAAGAGAAAGUCAAACAAAUUAACAUUAAGGACUACUUUUCAAAUUUCAGCAAGGACCCACAUUCCCUUACAGACGUCCAGAGUUUUAUACUGGACAUGUUUGAUAACAAAAGACGCGACAAGUCUGGACUACUCUAUCACCAUUUUACGACAGCAAUUGAUACAGAAAAUAUUCGAUUCGUAUUCGAUUCUGUCAAGUCUAAAAUCUUACAGGACAAUCUUAAGACUCUGAUGCUACAAUAGGAGGGUGGGACGGAAAAGCAAAAAAAAAAAAAUAAUAAUAAUAAUAAUAAGUAAAACGGAACCUGCUGUAAAUAUUUUCA